GAACAUGGCGGCUGUCGUUGCAACAGCCGCUAUGACGAUUCAAAAGAAUUCGCAGAUUUUAGUAAAUGUUGAGGAAGCUCUUGAAGAUUUAUUAGUUGUGUCAUAUUGCUCGGAAGAUAAAAAAUUCCAAGGUGUACUUUUGGACUCAAACAAGGGUAAUUUACCAUUUGGAGUGUACAGUCUUCAUCCAGCUUUCUCGAAACAGGCUGAAAAUGCAGACACUAAGGAUGAUAAACUACAUUCCGCUAGUCAAAGGUUCACAUAUCAAGAGCCCCAAUAUGCAGUGGAAGGCCUCCAAAAAACAAAAAAGACAACUACAAAGGCGAAACCGCAGCCUCGACAAAAGAUGACAGUGAGAUUGAGGCCUAGGAAAGUGUUGUGUUCCAAUUGCCAGGGCAUUUGCAAUGAAAACAGCGAAAAUGUGGACGUGUCCAAGAAACGCAAAUUAGAUUCGGAUGACGAUACGCCCAAUGACGGAUCUGAGUCAUCGAAGCUCGAGAAAAAGUAUCUUAUGGGUAGAAUGCUGAUUCCUAAGCUAGCCAGACUGCAGCCGAGUGAGAUUUCAAGUGCUAUAAAAUCCAAAAGUGUUUCAAAACCGAUUGACAAAAGUAAAAGUGCGAAAAGUUCUAAAACGUGUGAUGAUACUGAAAAAGCAACUAGGGAGCUCGCUUUUGUCAAUGUAUCGGACAAUAGUGAUUUAUGUGGCAAGGAAGACUUUAAGGACAGUGACAAUUCGUUCAGUAAUCUAUUUUCAAAUGCGCGAACACUCAAAAUAUGUUUCGGCGAGGGUGAAGGUACGGUUGUUAAAAUACCUCCUUUAACCGGUGAUUUUAACGAAGACUCCGGUGUGUCCUGUGAUAUGACUAAAUCUGUAAAACCUGACUCUAAAGCAGAGAAAAAAGCAUUAAAAAAAGCUAAGAAGCAAGCUAGAAAAAACAAUAUUGAAAAAACUGUUGAUAUCUGGAUAGGUCAGUCUCCAAAGCAUUUAGGAGCAUUAUCACCUCGCAACAACUUAUCAAAAAACUGCCCAACUGUUGAUUUACUAGAAAAGAAGCAUAAACAUAAGGUAAAGCACAAAAAGAAGCAUAAAUUACAGAAGCAGCGUGACGAAAACACUUCUAAAUGUGAAAGCGAUGUUGAAUAUUUUGGGCAUAUUAAAAACGAUUGUCUAAAGCAGAAACUGUCAAUCAGUCUGCGUAGAUUAAGCAGUAACUCAUAUGAGCGUAGACAAGAAGACGAUUGUUCUGACGAAGGAGAGGCUGAGACAGUGCCAGAUUUCCCUGCAAGCAGCACAGAGGGUGUCUGUGGUAGAUUACUGAGGGUUUCACCUGGUGACAUCGUUUGGGGGAAGGUGGUGGGGUUUCCUUGGUGGCCAGGCAGAGUGUUGAGUGUGACACCAUCUUCUAGAGCCCAUGUGGCAUGGUAUGCUUCUACCACAUCAUCCCUCAUGCCAUGCGACAGUUUGAGUCCUUUCCUAGAAGACUAUAAGAUACGCUUCAACAAAAAGAAAAGAGGUCCAUACAAGGAGGCUGUGAAACAAGCAACGAUCGAGGCGAAGAGUAUACAAUCUCACACAGAUCCAUUAGGGAGCCCAACCCAGGCCAACUUGGCUACCAUGUCGCCACGUCCCAUUGAUGUGUUCUCAUAAUCACACACUUGUGAUUGAAGGGUGAGGUAUACUGCCGAUACAGACUGGAAAAAGAUAGACGAAACUAUGGGCGCUGGAAUGGGAUGCUAGUUUCUUUUGCAAAACUGAAGAUGGAAAAAAUGAAAAAGUGAAGAAAUGAAGAAAAAAUUUAGGCUUACUUCGCUCGCGCUCAUCGCUAUGGGUGUUCAUCACCUCAUAUUUUUUUGAAUAACUAAACAUGCUUAAAACAUGUAGGUACUUAAUUCUUUAAAAAAAACAUUAAUAAUGAUAACAGAGCAACACUAUGCAAAUUACUUAUUGUACAGGUUUCAUAUACUGGCGUACCAGUUAACGUCUAUCUUUUUCAUUUAGUCUGAGACUGCCGAAUUUAAAAAAAAUGUGAUAUUUCUGUCUGCACAAAACUCAUUGACCAUUAGUUUUAAGGUUACUAUUAAUUAAUCAGCAUUUGUGAAUAUUAUAUAAGUUAGGGUAGAAACAUACUAAACACGCAAUACGACAAUGUGAUCCAUCUCAUCACUUUUCAAUGAUUAUUGAAUAAAAUCUCUAUAAACAUAGGACACCAUGUUAACGUUGGUGUAAUGCUUUGUAUUAAUUCGCGUUGCGUGUUAGAAGUCGGUUCCGUCUUUAUGUGCUGUAUGUGUUGCACCAAACAUGUACGUUCUCAGUAAAGCUGUUCACACAUCUAUGUAUGGGGCGUGCUUACGGUGCGUGCU